AUGAGGGCAGCACUUCCCUUGGUGUUAGUGGUACUGCAACUGUGUUUGCCACCACUGUUUUCUGCCCCCACCAGAGACCUCAAGGCAGUGAACAAGAUCCAACUAAACCCUGCCCUGGAAGAUAUGGUCCCACCUCUUGAUGCUUUGACCUUGGUGGCCCAUUGUAGCACUCCUCCUGAGUUAACCUCUGAGAAGGAGGAGGAGUGGAGCAUGUUUGAAGAGAAUAUCAGCCUCAAAUGGGUUAGCUGGAAUGACUCCCUCCCCAACGGCGCCCUAAGCAUCUACAACGGUUACACAGGACGCACAGACUAUGUGUGCAAAGUCAGCUGCGAGGCUGGAUUCUACACCCCAAGCAAAGGCCCAUAUUGCUAUUACCCUUAUGCAAAUGCUGAGUACUCUGCCCCUAAGUUUGAGGUCUUGGUCAAUGAGGACCACUUUGAGUUUUUGGAGUGGAGAUCAGGCUCCUAUGGUUCUGUGCCGAUGGAUUCGGUGAAGACCUGCACAAAGCUGGACAUCUACGUUGGAAAGAAUAAAUAUGGAUUAGGCAAGGUUGUUGUUCAGCAUGAGGCCUUCUUCCUGCCUUGGGAGGGUGAGGAGUACUGGUACAAGAAGUAUGAUGUCCUGACCAUUAACAGGGACAAGUACAGCCAGCACAUCUCCCAUGUGGAGUACGCCAUUGACCAGAUCGAGCUGUUCCAUCACCCUCCUGAGACCAUCCAAACGGCCAAGGCCACUAAUUAUGAGUGUUCCAGCAUUGAAAAGACAGUCCUUUUGGAGAAGAGCAGCACUGUGGAAAAUUUCUGGGACAUUGGCAGAGUAACUCGCAAUGGCUCCACCUCCAUCAUGACUGGGAAAAUCCCAAUCAUCAACCCGGACAAUGUGGACUUCACCAAGGAACUGACUGUGAGCUUCUCAGAGGGGACAAAGAUGACUGAAACCAUCACCCACUCCAUGUCUGUGCAGGUCCUCGUCCCUCCAAACCACUCAUGCUCAGUAAGGAUGGACGCUAAAAGGACGACUGCUGAUAUUCCAUUCACGGCACGCCUGAGUCGCACGUACAGCAACGGAGAAACCCACUGGACCACCAUCACUGGGACAUAUGAUGGUGUGAAGAUUGGGGAGAUCAACGCGGUGGUGGAGCGCUGCAAGCCCAUCCCUGAUGCACCUCCCUGUUGAAUGAUUGAAUCCAGCUCCACACUACACGUUGGCCUUACUUAUCAUUCAAGAUCACAUGUACUCACUGGCAUGGCAGUGAGUCACCUGUUUUA